AUGCUCUCCCCGCCGUCGCUCUCGGUCUCCGCGAAUGUCUGCCUUGAAAGAAAACUUUUAAGCCAGACAUUCAAGCCACGUACGCCCGCGGAACUCGUCUACGGGGAGCCGCUUCGCCUACCUGGAGAACUCUUCUCCGCUCCGAUCUCUGAUGCAACCAGCUCGGACCCUGCAGACUUCGUCGCUAGACACCGUCGCACAAUGGGCGUGCUGCGCCCCUCACCAGUGGCUCGCCACACCAAGCCGACCCCAUUCGUGUUUAAGGACCUGGCAACAUGCUCGCAUGCCUUCCUCCGCGACGACACCGUGCGCGCCCCUUUCCAGCCGCCUUACUCCGGACCUUACAAAGUCAUCUGUCGCGACGACAAAAAAUUCACCCUGCAAAUAAGUGGAAAGGAUGUACGCGUUUCCAUCGACCGCCUAAAGCCACAUUACAACCUUUCCCAAGAGCCUACCAACCUCCGCACGCCUCCAGUAAUUUGCCGACAACAGCCCGCAACGCCUAGGCUCGCACCCUACACCACCCGCCUUGGACGCCAGGUGCGGGUCUCCAAACCUCUUCAACCCUGA